AUGAAAAAGCUUGGAACACCCUCCCAUGACAAGUACUCCUACAGCAGUGAUUCCUUUGAUGAAGACUCCUCUGAGGAGGAAGACUCCAUCUCAGACACAGAGAGUGCACUCUCCACACCCCCUGUGGGGCAAACCAGUUCUGAAGACGGCCCCAGAAGGAGAGGUACCCAGGCCUGGGACCAGCCUAAGGAGCUGCCACGCCUCCCAAGACAGCCCCAUCCACCUCCAAGGAGGAACCCACAGAGGGAGGCUGCUUACAGACAGAAGGGCUACAUAUACUACCCACCUAUUCCACGAGACAAGCCCCUCAAGCCUUUAGGAAAAGCCAGAGAGAUGCCGAGUUCCACCAAGAAGAACCUGAAGCCAUCCUAUGUAAAGUUAGACUACUGCAACCGAGCAGUGGAGAAGCAACGGGAGGGGAACUCAGCCUCUAGUGGAUAUGUGAGUGAGGAGCCUCCCAGGAAUGGAAAACCCAUUCCCAUCAAGAGACCUAAAACAGCCUCCAACCUGAUCUACUCCCCCAGGAAGAGGACCAUUUACCCAGAGGAGGAGGAGCUCUGGAAUCUGCCAUCUGGGAACAGACAGACUGUCAUCAGCAGAUAACCUUCAACUGAUGUUGUCUUUGUUACCACAGCAACACUGGUAGAUCCAGGACAGAAUUUACAACCAAAUCUGUUGACAUUGUUGAUAACUCUACCUCAACAUCAGACAAAUGUUUAUUGGAGUGAACAUAAACCUAACCAGAGGAAAUACAUCAAAUGCCAACAAACUAACCCUUUCAGUGACUACUUCUACUUCCACCUCUCGUCACUCUGUAUGACUGGCAGCUCUAAAAGAAAUCAGAAUAGAAAUAAACAGGACUGAAUAUGUUUGAUACUGCUGCCAGGCUGUCAGUUAGGUCUAAAUUUAAACAUUCAGGUUUGAUCAUCACAUAGAAUUGCCUAAGUAAUGAGGAUAGUGUUGAAAUCUGUUUGUUUGCUCAUCACCUCCUCAUGACAAGUGAACAUCUCUGCACUGCACACUGCAAAGUAUCAUUUAGAGUCAUUCCUCUUUUACCUUUUGGUAGCUGCUAGGAUAUUUAACCUCUCUUUUUGUGCUAUCAAUUGUGAUAAUGUGGUAAAGAAGAAGAGACAAAGACAAUGUACUGCUGUAAUAUCAGUAUCAUUUUAUCAGUGAUUUCUUUUGUGUUUUAGCAAAACUGUAUCAUCAAUUCUUGCAAUACUAAUUUAAGCAAUGUAAUGGUAAAGAUGAAAUUUUACUCAAGACAAGAAACGAAAAGAGUCACCUAAAUGUGUGCAAAUUUAUUUCGUGGAAAAUAGUUGUAGAAUUAUGUGCAAUCAAUACUAUGAGAGAUAUAAAUAUUUAAAGCAAUAAAAAAGAAAUUCUAUUAUACACAGUGCAAACACAAAUAUGUAACUCUAUUGAGUGAUAAAAGAAUACUAUUUUACACUUCAUGUCACCUAUAGAAUGUGAUGUACAUAAGAUUAUGUAGUGAAUACCAAAGUGAUGUAACAGCGACAUGUUGUUGUAAUAAACUCAUUGAUUUAUGAACGA